AGUGCGAAUUCGAUCUGGGGCUGGGCUGGGCCCUACUUAACCGGGCCCGGGUGUCCGAGAGCGCGCCGAGCGGAGCGAAGCCAGGAGCCCGAGCGAGAUGAUGAUGGUUAUGCAGCCCGAGGGUCUGGGGGCCAGGGAGGGGCCCUUCGCGGGCAGCGGCGGGGGCGGCGAGUACAUGGAACAGGAGGAGGACUGGGACCGCGACCUGCUGCUGGACCCGGCCUGGGAGAAGCAGCAGCGGAAAACCUUCACUGCCUGGUGCAACUCACACCUGCGCAAAGCGGGCACCCAGAUUGAGAACAUCGAGGACGAUUUCCGCAAUGGCCUCAAACUCAUGCUGCUCCUGGAGGUCAUUUCAGGAGAGAGGCUGCCCAGGCCAGAUAAAGGCAAGAUGCGCUUCCACAAAAUCGCCAACGUUAACAAGGCCCUGGACUUCAUUGCCAGCAAGGGGGUUAAGCUGGUGUCCAUUGGUGCUGAAGAAAAAAAAAAAAAAAAAAAAGGUAGGGUGAGAGGGCUGACCUGGACCCCUUCUCAAUGAAUUCUCCCACCUCCUCCCCACCCAGAAACCUCGGCCAAGGAAGGCUUGCUUCUGUGGUGCCAGAGGAAGACAGCACCGUACCGCAACGUCAACGUGCAGAAUUUCCACACCAGCUGGAAGGAUGGCCUGGCCCUCUGUGCCCUCAUCCACCGACACCGCCCCGACCUCAUCGACUACGCCAAACUGCGAAAGGAUGACCCCGUCGGCAACCUGAACACUGCCUUCGAGGUGGCAGAGAAGUACCUGGACAUCCCCAAGAUGUUGGAUGCAGAAGACAUUGUGAACACCCCAAAGCCGGAUGAGAAGGCCAUCAUGACCUAUGUGUCCUGCUUCUACCAUGCCUUUGCCGGGGCUGAGCAGGCAGAGACAGCUGCCAACAGGAUCUGCAAGGUGCUGGCGGUGAACCAGGAAAACGAGAAGCUGAUGGAGGAGUAUGAGAAGCUUGCCAGUGAGCUGCUGGAGUGGAUCCGCCGCACCGUCCCAUGGCUGGAGAACCGUGUGGGCGAGCCCAGCAUGAGUGCCAUGCAGCGCAAGCUAGAGGACUUUCGGGACUAUCGGCGUCUGCACAAGCCGCCCCGCGUUCAAGAAAAGUGCCAGCUGGAGAUCAACUUCAACACACUGCAGACCAAGUUGCGGCUCAGCCACCGGCCUGCCUUCAUGCCCUCCGAGGGCAAGCUGGUCUCGGACAUCGCCAAUGCCUGGCGGGGGCUGGAGCAGGUGGAAAAGGGCUAUGAAGACUGGCUGCUCUCGGAGAUCCGACGCCUGCAGCGACUCCAGCACCUGGCCGAGAAGUUCCGGCAGAAGGCCUCCCUGCACGAAGCCUGGACCCGGGGGAAGGAGGAGAUGCUGAGCCAGCGCGACUACGAUUCGGCUUCGCUACAGGAGGUGCGGGCGUUGCUGCGGCGCCACGAGGCCUUUGAGAGCGACCUGGCGGCGCACCAGGACCGCGUGGAGCACAUUGCCGCGUUGGCCCAGGAGCUCAAUGAGCUGGACUACCAUGAGGCAGCCUCAGUGAACAGCCGCUGCCAGGCCAUCUGCGAUCAGUGGGACAACCUGGGCACCCUGACCCAGAAGAGGCGGGAUGCGCUAGAGCGGAUGGAGAAGCUCCUGGAGACCAUCGACCAGCUUCAACUGGAGUUCGCCCGGCGGGCCGCACCCUUCAACAACUGGCUGGACGGUGCCGUGGAGGACCUGCAGGAUGUGUGGCUGGUACACUCUGUGGAAGAGACCCAGAGCCUGCUGACAGCGCAUGAUCAGUUCAAGGCAACGUUGCCCGAGGCUGACCGAGAGCGAGGCGCCAUCAUGGGCAUCCAGGGUGAGAUCCAGAAGAUCUGCCAGACGUAUGGGCUGCGGCCCUUCUCCACCAAUCCCUACAUCACCCUGAGCCCGCAGGACAUCAACACCAAGUGGGAUAUGGUCCGAAAGCUGGUGCCUAGCCGUGAUCAGACACUGCAGGAGGAGCUGGCACGGCAGCAGGUAAAUGAAAGGCUCCGGCGACAGUUUGCGGCCCAGGCCAAUGCCAUUGGACCCUGGAUCCAGGCGAAGGUGGAGGAAGUGGGGCGGCUGGCAGCAGGGCUAGCCGGCUCUCUGGAGGAGCAGAUGGCUGGGCUACGGCAGCAGGAGCAGAACAUUAUCAACUACAAGACUAACAUUGACCGGCUAGAGGGUGACCACCAGCUGCUGCAGGAGAGCCUGGUGUUCGACAAUAAGCACACCGUCUACAGCAUGGAGCACAUCCGCGUGGGCUGGGAGCAGCUGCUCACCUCUAUCGCCCGCACCAUCAAUGAAGUGGAGAACCAGGUACUGACCCGAGAUGCCAAGGGGCUGAGCCAGGAGCAGCUCAACGAGUUCCGAGCAUCCUUCAACCACUUUGACCGGAAGAGGAAUGGGAUGAUGGAGCCUGAUGACUUCCGAGCUUGCCUCAUCUCCAUGGGCUAUGACCUGGGGGAAGUGGAGUUUGCUCGCAUCAUGACCAUGGUGGACCCCAACGCAGCUGGGGUGGUGACCUUCCAGGCCUUCAUAGACUUUAUGACCCGAGAGACAGCCGAGACUGACACGGCUGAGCAAGUUGUGGCCUCCUUCAAGAUCCUGGCAGGAGACAAGAACUACAUCACCCCCGAGGAGCUGCGACGCGAGCUCCCCGCCGAGCAGGCCGAGUACUGCAUCCGCCGUAUGGUGCCCUACAAGGGAUCCGGGGCCCCAGCUGGAGCCCUGGACUACGUGGCCUUCUCCAGUGCCCUCUAUGGGGAGAGCGACCUCUGACCUCAACCACUGAGGGUCUCUAUGCAAGAUGGAGAGAGGGUGCACCCUGUGGCUGAUCCCAUCCAUCCCUCAGAGCAAGGGCCUGAGAGAACAGUCAGCCAAGUGCUUCUGAAUAAAGAUCCCUCUGUGGGUCUCU